UUGACAACUUCGACAUCCACGUCCAUCUCUGCUAAAAUGUUGCGCUCCGUUGCGUUGAAGCACCAAAAUAACAAAAAUCGACCCAUCAUCUCCCUGUAAAAAGAAAAAAAAAAGUGGGGGGAAAAAAAAAGAAGAAUUUCCCUCCUCCAAUUCUCUCAUUAUCCACGCACAGACCUACGCAGGGACCAAAGAAACCUCUUUGGACCAACCGAUCACAGCAAAGCAAGCUGAAAGCCCCAAAUAAAAAAGACCUCUACUCUCUUUUCGUUCUCUCGCUCUCUCUGAAUCCAACCUCGAUCGCCCCCAUCCAUCUUAAUGAACCCCGCGGAGCAUCUUACCCUCUUAUGGACGACGAUCGCACCAUAACCGCCACCGACCCCCAAAAGGACUAUUACAAAGUCUUGGAAGUUGAUUAUGAUGCAACAGAUGAGGCAAUUAGAUUAAGUUACCGAAAAUUAGCUCUGAAAUGGCAUCCUGACAAACACCAGGGAAAUAGUGAUGUUACCUCAAGGUUUCAGGAGAUAAAUGAAGCUUACAGAGUACUUAGUGACCCCGCUAAACGACUUGAUUAUGAUAUAUCUGGUACUUAUGAGAUCAAUAGAUACACUUUACGGGAAUAUCUUACAAGAUUCAAGGGAAUGAUACUCACCUGCAAUGGUCUUGGUAUCAGUCAUUCAUCAGCCUGGACAGAGCUGUUGAUGGAAGGAGAACCCAUUGAUCAGACGAACAGUUUCUUCUUUUAAUCUGUAUGCUAGUCUCACUAUAGCCUACCUGGUGUCAGUUUUUUGUUCACCACUUUACGUUCUUAUUUGCAAUACGUCUGUAAUAUGUAUACACUUGUAGAGUUAUUUAUCUGAUUUAAACCAGGAGCGUCACAAUAAAGCCCACUCCAAAUCGACUGUGUUUUUGUUCUCAAAUCGGUCGUGUUCACUGUGUUGGGUUUCUAGUAAUUCAGGUGUCACUUUACUCUUGUUUCACACAGAUAUUUGGAUUAUGUAAAGUUCUCCAUUGUGAUAGAGAGUUAUGCCAUACUGUUGUUGCUGUUU